GCAUGAAAACCCCAUGUUAUCUGGACGAGAGCCGAAAUGGUGAAUAAGAGAUUACUUUUGUCUGAUUUCUCUGCGUGACAGUGGUAGAACUAGUUGACGGGGUUCCUGUGUUACCAGCGGAUUUACCCAUUGUAGCUAGAAUUCAAAAUGGCUGCAAGUUAUGAGGAACGAAUUUUAGCCGAACGCAAGCGAAUCCACACGACUGUUUUUGACGUCGCUUUCUCGCCAUGCGGCAACUUCUUUGCUUCAGCGAAUAACUUCGGCGACAUUUCCCUAUUCAGUCUGUCUGCAGCACUUGUACCAGAUGCUCCCCCAGAAAGUAGAAAACCACUUCUAACAUUCAAAGGUCAUAAGGGUCCAAUUUACAGUCUUCUUUCCACCAAGACAUUUCUGAUCAGUGGAGGAUCUACAGAGAUUUCUGGCUGGAGAUGGACAGAUCUCAUGGAGCAGUUGCAAACAGUUCCUGCUUGGACCUUGAAUCCUCCAUCCAGUAACCCAAUGGAUAUCGGAGAAACCAAUGCUCUUGCCUUCAGUGAACAGGAUAAUGUGCUACUCACAGGCUGUGGGGAUAACAAUAUCUACAGUUGGGACCUUGAAGCUGGCACAUGCAAGUUUGGCUGUUUACCAUUGUCGCAGAGUACCAUGUCAGGGCAUACAGACUACGUGCAGUGCUUGGCUCUUCGACAGCAACAUAAUCAAUGUAUGAGUGGCGCCGAGGAUGGGACGGUGCGCUUUUGGGAUUUAAGAACGGCUGGAAUGGUAAACAAAAUAAGUCCAUCCCAGGAGAAAAAUCUUCAAAGACCGAGGUUUGGGCCGUGGAUUGGAUGCGUCGCUGUGGAUGACAGCGAGGAGUGGAUGGUUUGUGGUGGCGGACCAAGCUUGUCCGUGUGGCAUUUGCGCUCAUUAUCAUGCACCUCCGUCCUGGACACUCCUGCAUCUUGUCAGCAGUCCGCGCUUUUCCACGAUGAUAAGAUUCUUUCCGCAGGCUCUGAGCCGACAGUUUUUCAGUGGCAAGUCAACGGUGAGCUGAAAUCGCAAGUGCCCUGCACUUCAGCGUCAGUCUUCGCCUUGCGUGUCAACAAGACUUCGCCAGACAAACAGAUUCUUCUUGUGGCUGGUGAUUCAGUGCAUAUCGACGCUUACAUCAACCUUGGUUACAAGGCAUUCUCUUUUUCGCUCUCCUGACUGUGUGGAAGGAUCCAAUAAAACCAGAGCAAUAAACAAGUCUACUGUAAAA